CUCCGCUUGGCCUAAGCGCCUUCUCCAUCUCUCCUUAACAGCUUGUUUUUCUUCCCUUCAUUUUAACUUUCGUUCAGUUCUUUUUUUCUCUUUCUUAAUUCAUUCUUUUAUAUCACCUCAAGCUCUGCAAUUGUCUAGACAUGGCUGCUGCGGGAGCUUCUCAGGCUAGCUCCCCGCGCCUACCCAGUCCUCCUCCGUUUACAGAGGUUCAGAUCGGCCCCAAAUCGCCGUCGGUCGGCGAGUCGUUUGGUCAGGAUGCAGAACAGCUACUAGGUGCUUCCCAUGGAGCUGACGGUGGUUCAACUCGGAGAAUUCGACCAGGGACCAAAUCUGUCGAUAUGGCAGUUGGCCCGCCUCUGGUCCCUCUCUCUCAGGUAUGUAAACAAGAGCAGAUUGCGCCGCACCUCCGCUGACUAGGCCUCCCCCAAAGCUCGAUUCUUCCUUUCAGCUUCAAGAGCACCUUAAAGCCCUCUAUAACCACUACACCCGACCCGAGGGAUCUGACACUGUCGUCCCGAUCAACCGGGAGGUUGCCAUCCAGCUUGCAGAGCCCCCGGAGGGCGUUGACCGGUCGCUUUGGCUCUAUGAGCUUUGCCGCUUCCUAACAAUGAAAGUAAACAAUCUGAUCAUUGCCUUCUUCGCCGAAAACCCCCCUUGCUCCGCACAGACAUGCCCAGAAAUGCGAGCGUCAGAAUGGCAGUAUCUCUGUGCCGUCCACGAUCCGCCUAAAUCGUGCUGUGCUAUCGACUAUUCUUGCCACACCCUAGAUUGGGCAACCAACAUCCUCACAUCACCCAAGUACUUCCCUAGCCGUCUUACACUAGGCUCGGAGGCAGGUGGUGGUCCACAGGCGAGCAUGAGACAUUUGACCAACAUCUUCCGCCGCCUCUAUCGCAUCUUUGCGCACGCUUGGUUUCAACAUCGGGAGGUGUUUUGGCAGGUCGAAGGCCACGAUGGGCUGUAUAUCUUUUUCAAGACGGUCUGUGAUCUAUACAGCCUGAUACCAGAAGACAAUUACACCGUUCCGGCUGAGGCGGAGGGCGCCGAUCCCGUUCAACCGGCAGAGGAGCAGAUGGACGGGCGUCGAAUGACAAUACUGCGGAAGGAGGAUGAAGGUCCGCUGGCUGCCACACUGCAAGAGCCACCGUCGGCGACCACGAGACGUCACAAGAAUACCCCGUCAACAAGUUCUCGGGUUACAACUAUCCGCGAUGUCACGACCAUCAGCGAAAGCGCCGAGGAUGACGAGCAGCAGCCAAAACAGCAACAAACCGAAAAGGCGGCAGAACAGGCACAGAAGGAACCAGAACCUCAGCCACCCGUGGAAGCUGUCAGUGAAGAAACCAAGACCUCUAGCGAACAAGCGCCGAUUGGUAGCACCGAGUCACAAAUUACCGUUGCAGAAGUACAAGAUGAUGAAGAGACGGAGGCAGCUCCACAAGCAGUUGACGCAGAUACCAAGAAAAUCGAACAGGGGGAAUCAAAGCCUAGCACCGAGGGAAGCGAUGCGCAGAAGGAUGAGCCCGAAACAGCCUCAACCGAGGAGGUCCCGAAAUUAGAACCAGGGGCAGAGAUAAAACAGACAACCGAUCAAGAAGCUGAAGCAGUGUCUGAGCCGGCGAAAGAGACGUAAAUCUUGCAUUCAACAGAACCCUAUACUCAUUUCCUUCUGAUGCCAUGCCAUGUGUCUAUACUACGAUUGUAAUAUGCCUUGCAUCACUAUCAUGCCUCGCAUCGAUGACGUUGUUAUUUCUUUCUUUUUUUUACCGACAAACUGGAUGAGGAAGGUUACUGAUAUGUAAUAUAUGAAUUCGCGUAUCCGAGUGAUUAAUGAUAC